AUGAGAACUGGCCGACAUUUUAUCCAUACCAGCUCCCACUCCUCGACCACUGACGAAGCUAGGGGGGAUGAGGUUGCAACCCAGCUCACGACUCAUAAGAGACCGGUUGGUAACCUAGAGAGCAUCCGCCAACGAGGAUUGCCAGGUGGAGCUUCGUUUGGACAUUUCCGAUUUGCUCCCGAUGGGCCGCGGGAAAACCUCACGACUGUGGCGGAGCGUGUAGCUGCUCGUCUUGUUGGAUAUCUCUCCCACGAAAAUGCCCCAUGGGAUAUACUAGCUUCUUGUGGGUAUAUUAAACACCUGCCGGCUAGAUUGGGCGAAAGUGCCGCAUUGAGAGACUGCGUUGCUUUAAUGUCCUCUACUUGGAUCAACUCACGACGAGGUUUUACGACAACCAAACUACUUGAUUCGAACCUUUAUGUAAAAGCACUGAGGACUCUUCAGCGUGCCAUAAACGACCCUCAUCAACAGCUCAGAAGUGAAACGCUAGCCGCUGCAACCAUUCUAGAACGGCUCGAGCUUAUAUUCGAUACGCAACGCCCCUAUUUUCGAUCUCACCACUGGGAAGGAAUCCAAACUCUGAUGAUCAAGCGAGGUCCACCGAAUCCUCGAGAUGAAUUAGAUAUUCAUUUAGCAUUUGAAAAUCACGCAGCCCUAAUAUCCCAUUGGCUUGUCGCGGGAGGCGAAAACUUCUAUUUGAGCUCACCAUGGAAGGAGGCAAUUGAGCAAUCGUUCCUAGCUAUAGAGCACUCUGUAUCAAGUGAACUGGCUGAUUGCUAUAGCGUAGGUCACUACUAUGGAUACUGGCCCGACCUCCUCCACGGAUUUCGACGUGUUGACAGUAACCCAGAUGUGAACUCACAACAAAUACAAGCAUUGGCCCUUCAUGACAAAGUCGCGGCUCUCGCUGCGGAUAUCACAUGUAUCGGCGAGCCAAUCCUAGAAAGGAUCUAUAGCGCAGGGCAUGUACUUGAACAAACAGAUCCUAAAUCUCCAAUUGGUGUGAAGCUCUAUUUUGGCAGUUUACAUCGAAUGUUAUGUUUUAUAUCAUAUGUCAUGAUGCGAACGGUUUUUAAUCGACUUCUGCACCACUUGACAGUUAUACUAAAGCAGCCAGACUCAGCCCUAGAAGAAGAGCACAGAGACCUUUGUAAGAAAAUGUGGACAUGCAUCCCAUUCAUCAAGGGCUUAGGGAUGGUAGCCUCCAUCGCAUUCCUCCCUCAAAUGUAUUUGUCAUAUGAAGGGGCGGGAGAAAAUGAGAAAGAGUACUUACUUGAUAAUCUAAUGGAAAUAGCAUCAUAUAAAGGGAGCGGGAGAUAUCCUACAGAUAGAAAAGCGAUGGAAAGUUUUAUACUUAAUUCAGCAGAGGCUAUGGUCGGUCGAUGCCGUUUUGCUACGAGUAUCCCUUCUCCGCAAAGGGACUUUGUUCAGGCGGAGGAAGCAUAAAGCUAAUAAAUCCGCGACGAACAUCUUCUUUCGUCCCUUCAGUAAAUCUUCUAACAAUUUGAGUCCAUCGUAUAUGAAUCCUAACUAUCUCCUUUCAUAGGAACUUACGUAAUAAAUUUCAUAUUACUUCAAAGCUUCACCAGCCUCAUAAUAAAGGCCAAAU